AAAACAAAACAAAAACAAACAAAUCAUAGUAAACGAGCCAAAAUAUACUGUUGUCAUUAAUUGGAUGAGAAAAUCAUAAAUUUUCAACAAAAUUUAUCAACUACAUCAGCAUUAUUCAUGAAACAAUUUUUCAAUUUUUGAUUAAUUGAAAAAUGAAAAGAUAAUUGAUUAACGAUUCUACAAGGCUAGCAAUCAUAAUUAUCGUUUCUUUUUCUGUUACUUUUCAUUGCUGCUGCCACUACCAUCUUAUCAAUUGAGCUUGAUUAUCAACAAAAAAAACAUCGCCCAAUUUACCUGUGCGAUAUUUUUCUGUUUUCUUUGCUUUGAUUUCCCACAUCCACGCUAUUUAUCUAUCUACAAAUCUAUAUUUAUUGUGAUAAUCAUCAUCAUCAAAUGAUAAUUUAAGGAAGAAACCAUAUAAGGAUGAAUAAUAAUAAUAAUAAUGUAGAUGUUUCACGUAAACAACAACAACAACGUUUUUAUCGAUUGAAAUAUUCGGAUGUAAAAAAUGAUGAUAAUAAUAAUACAACAAAAAUGUUGAAAACGAAAAAAAUAAUGGAAUCGAAUAAUAAUAAUAAUAAUAAUAAUGUUAUUGAAAAAGAUCUACUAAAAGUAGUUGUUAUUGGUGAAUCUGGUUCAGGAAAAUCAAAUCUAAUUCAACGUUUAGUUAAUGAUCGUUUUGAAGAACGUUUACCAUCAACAAUCGGUAUUGAUUUUGCAUUAUAUCAAUUUAAAUUAAAUUCAUUAUUCGAUAAGAAUCGUCAACAAACAUAUCAUGCACAAAUAUGGGAUACAGCCGGAAUGGAAAGAUAUCGAUCAUCAAUGACAAAAAUAUUUUAUCGUGAUGUCGAUGGUGCAUUACUUGUAUUCGAUUUAACAAGACGUGAUCAUUUUCAAGCAUUACCAAGAUGGUUACAAGAAAUUCGUAAUAAUGUACAUAAACAUAAUUCUAUUGAUGAUGAUGAUGAUGAUGAUGAUUAUGAUAAUCGUGAUGAUAAUGCUGAUAAUAUUCAAAUACCGAUAAUAUUGGUUGGAAAUAAAAUCGAUCUAUUCAAAUCACGUGAAAUUGAUCGUAAUGAAGCAAUAAAAUUUGCACAAAAAUAUCAUUGUGUUAGUUAUGUUGAAACAUCAGCAAAAAAUUCAACCAAUGUUCAUGAAGCAUUUCAACAAUUAUUUGAUCAUAUUUUAGAACAAAAACGGUUAAAUUAUUAUCGUCAACAACAACAACAACAACAGUAUGCAGCUAAAUUAAAAUCAAAAAAUUCAACAAAAUCUAAAUCAAAAUCUAAACAACCGCAACAAAGAUCAACAACUAAUCAAAAUUCUAUACGAUUAACACGUGAUCCAAAUUAUUUGGAACAAAGAUCCAGAAUCAAAGAGAAGAAAAAAUCUGGUUGUAGUUGUUGAUUAUUAUUAUUAUUUAUUUUUCUUCAAAAAUCAUUUAAUUUGUUAAUUUUUGAUACAA